GCAGACUUUCUGCGUGUCACCGGAUAUUCAAUAGUUCAGCUGAUUAACGGUGGAGGAGCGUAGUGGUGUAGGCCUUAAAAUCAGUUAUUCGCCGUGAGAAACGACUCAGACAGCAGUCUGCUGAAUAAUUUGUAAAUAUGUACCGUGUUAGCAGUUUACUGAGAUCUGCUGCGCAGACUCUCAGAACUCCUGCCCUUGCGCGAUGUUAUGCUAAGGACUUGAAAUUUGGUCCUGAUGCCCGGGUAUUGAUGCUGCAAGGUGUUGAUAAAUUGGCUGAUGCUGUUGCUGUUACAAUGGGACCAAAGGGACGAAAUGUGAUCAUUGAACAGAGCUGGGGAAGCCCUAAGAUUACUAAAGACGGUGUGACUGUUGCCAAGGCUGUUGAGUUGAAGGACAAAUUUAUGAACAUUGGAGCUAAGUUGGUGCAAGAUGUUGCCAACAAUACAAAUGAGGAGGCUGGUGAUGGCACUACAACAGCUACAGUGCUUGCUCGAUCUAUUGCCAAAGAAGGGUUUGACAAGAUCAGUCGUGGAGCUAAUCCCAUAGAAAUUAGACACGGUGUUAUGAAUGCUGUUGAUGUUGUCGUAGAGCAACUAAAGAGCCAGUCCAGGCAAGUCACAACACCGGAAGAGAUUGCUCAGGUAGCUACCAUUUCUGCUAAUGGUGACCGUUCCAUUGGGGACAUUAUCUCCAGUGCUAUGAAAAAAGUUGGCCGGGAUGGUGUUAUUACAGUUAAGGAUGGGAAAACUUUGAAAGAUGAGUUGGAAACUAUUGAAGGAAUGAAAUUUGAUCGUGGCUAUAUUUCUCCAUAUUUCAUCAACACUUCCAAAGGUGCCAAGUGUGAAUUCCAAGAUGCCUUAGUACUCUUCUGUGAAAAGAAAAUUUCUAAUAUACAAGCCAUCAUUCCAGCACUUGAGUUAGCUAAUUCCCAACGUAAACCUCUCUUAAUCGUUGCAGAAGAUGUUGAUGGCGAAGCUCUUACCACAUUAGUAUUAAAUAGGUUGAAAGUCGGGCUGCAAGUCUGUGCUGUAAAAGCUCCUGGUUUUGGUGAUAACCGAAAGAACACUUUACAAGACAUGGCCAUUGCCAGUGGCGGUGUGGUAUUUGGAGACGAAGGUAAUUUGAACAAAUUGGAAGAUAUCCAGCUCCAUGAUUUUGGUGUUAUUUCUGAGGUUGUCAUUACAAAAGACGAUUCCUUAUUGAUGAAGGGUAAAGGAGAAAAGAGUGACGUUGAUAAAAGGAUUUCACUAAUUAGAGAUGAAAUUGAGCUUAGCACAUCAGACUAUGAGAAAGAAAAACUCAAUGAACGUUUAGCUAAAUUAUCAAACGGUGUAGCUGUAUUGAAGGUUGGUGGUACCAGUGAGGUGGAAGUAAAUGAGAAAAAGGAUCGGAUCAACGAUGCAUUAAAUGCUACCAAAGCUGCUGUUGAGGAGGGAAUUGUUGCAGGUGGUGGAACUGCACUUCUUCGAUGUAUAUCUGCUCUUGAUAGUAUAAAUCCAACGAACUCGGAUCAUAAAAUAGGUGUUGACAUCGUACGCAAAGCUCUUCGGGUGCCUUGCCUAACUAUUGCUCAAAAUGCAGGUGUUGACGCGCAUGAAGUUCUUGAGAAAGUAUGUCAGUUGUCUGGAGAUAUGGGCUAUGAUGCAGCGGAGGGAGAAUAUGUUAAUUUGAUUGAGAAAGGCAUUAUCGACCCCACUAAGGUGGUGCGAACGGCUUUGGUUGAUGCCUCGGGUGUAGCAUCCUUAUUAACAACAGCUGAAGCAGUCAUUACAGAAAUCCCGAAAGAAGACCCACCUAUGCCUGGUGGUGGUGGUGGAAUGGGUGGCAUGGGAGGUAUGGGCGGUAUGGGUGGAAUGGGUGGCUUUUAAUAAUGCAGUUACUUAGACAUUUCAUUGAUUCACAUAAUUUGAUUCAUGAUGUAUAAAACAUUUGUCGGGUGUGAUUUUUUUUUUUUUUUUUUCUCUCCCCCAUACAAUCGUUCCCAACUGUUCAUAGUUAUGCUGUCAGUAAGUACAAGAUAUCUUUCUAUACAUAGAUCUAAUGGUAGCAACUGUUUAACUGAUUGUUUCUCUUAAGUUGUUUGUAUAUUUAUUUAUUCACAAUUCUUUGAAACGCUUUCAAGUUAAUAAUCUACUGAGUUCUCUAACAACUCUCAGUUUAUUGCUUCUGUUGAGAUAGGAUAGCUGUUAGGAUGGGUGGUCAUAAACAAGUUGUAUAUAUGCAAUAUGUCAUAAUUAAAUCAUGGAAUUCCAUUGAAGAAACCCAUCAUUGCCCAAGAGACACUGGCCCCUGUAGCAUUUAGUGUUGAAUACAAAAAAAACAGAUUAUUGUUCAAAGUGAAAUCAGUUUGGCUUGAGCAAAUAUUGUUCAGCAAUGACCAUCUUAUCAAAUGUGGUCAUAACUGACCAUUACUUCGGUUGACAGUGACUUGUGUAUUUGGCACAGGUGGUUCUAUUUGGGAUAGAGUCCAUGCUGUUGUCAUAGCUAAGGUAGAGAUGCUUGUAGUCCUGAAUAUUAAAGGUUGCUCAUUUUAAGCUUAAUUCUGCUGGGCACAUAAAUUUUAAUUAUUUGAUGCAAUUGAAAGGAUAUAGUUUUGGUGGUGUUAAUGAACUAUUUCAUGGUGCUAAAGUUCUUGUUCAGAUAUUUUAUUAAUUUGAGCACAUAUCCAGCUUUGAGAAGUGAAAGUCUUAGUCAAUACCAUCUUAAUCAAUAACUCACUAUAUUUUGACAUUCUUAGGUCAACUUUGUCUUUCCUUUUUUGUAAGUUGAUAAAAUAAUGUUCUUGAAGGCAUAUACUGGGAUCAAUAGCAUUGACUAACCACCACCUCACAGAAACUGCUGGUUUUGUGCUUACAUGAGAAACGGUCCUGGUUUUCAUAUUCUGUACUGCUCACAUAUCCAUUAUGAAUGACCAUAUACAUAGAUUGUAUACAUGCAUGUUUUAUAUACUGUUCUAAAUUCCAAAAGUUAGUGGUGGUAUUUUUACAGGACUGUUUGUUGCUAAUGUGUUAAGAAACCAAACUAGUUUUGUGGGUAACCAGAAAUAUCUUGGGCUUAAAUGGGUUUUUUUUUUGUUUUUUUUCUUAACUGUUCUUUUCCAUUAUGUUUGUGACAUUUACUUCACUCUUCAGUUUGUUAGAGGAAUAACUUCCUUUUCCUGGUCUCGAUGGGGGAAAGCAAAAUGUUUGAUUUAAAUUUAGAAGUUAGUCUUUUUUUUUCUGUAAUGGCACACAUCUCUCCAACAUUGAAUUCAUACUUGACUUCUUAGGGAGCUGCUCUUUAGUUCUAUUUUGUAAACAAUAUUUUUUUUUUCGGUUUGAAUUUCUAAAUAUUGUUUUAGUUGAUUUGUGAUCAAUAAAUAUUAAAUGAAUGUUUUAACUGUCUUUAUCAUAGUUCAGCCAGACUGAGAGAUAUAGAAUUUGAUUGCUUACUUAAUACGAAAAAUAAGCAUUUAACUGAUUGGUUAUUUUACAGCAUUGUUGAAAAUAUCUAUAUUACUGCCUUGAAUUAUGACUAUUCAGUAUUUAUUGGAUGUUAAGAAGGGAUUGUCCAAAUUACAAUUGUGGGGCUGAUAGAUUGUUUACUGGUGAUCCUUUGAUCAAAGAAAUAAAACAGUGAUAUAAUUACAUUAAUUCAUUGUUGG